UCAGAAGUGCUACUCCAUCCUGGAUACCCCAUACACAGCCGUAUACAAUGGAUGGAAUCCUCUGUCAGUAACCCUGAUAGGAGCUAAUACAGUUUUAUAGUACUGUGAUCGCCAACGUACCUUCAUCAGGAUCUCCCCUUCCAAAACUUUCAGUGGCAUUGUGAUCAUUCAGAGAUCCCCGCUGCCUUCGGAGACGAACCAUGAGAUUGUUGGGCUACCUCAGCAGACUCCAUCCCUUCGGCACCACUGUAAGAUCGACCGCCGUGCCCCAGGCCACUGACUCUGAGAAUGUCUACCGGCUGCAGGGGACCUACCCUUACUUCCUGCCCAUCCAAACCCGCUGGCAGGACAACGACCAAUACGGCCAUGUUAACAACAUAGUGUACCAUGAGUACUUCGACACGCUAAUCAACUAUUAUCUUAUCAGGUAUUGUGGAUUAAAUGCCAACCGCCAGACCUCAUCGAUGGUGGGCUUUAUCGCCAGCUGCCAAUGCACGUACCAUGCAGCUGUGACAUUUCCUCAGAACCCACUGGCAGCCUUAGGGGUAGAGAGGAUCGGCCGUUCCAGCGUCUGCUGCCGGCUGGCCCUCUUCAAGCCCCGGCAGGGGCAAGCGCCUCUUCCCUUGGAUUACGACCUGCUUUCCAAUGGCUGCCAUCCCAGCAGUGCCCUGCUGGGGGUGUAUGAGACCGCUGCCUGCACCACGGGAGUCUCCACUCUUGUCUUCGUGGACCCGGCCAAUGAGAAGCCCAAGGAGCUGCCCGAGUGGCUCAGGAAGCACCUUGAGAAGAUUGUGGUGAAGCCAGGGGCUUCCAGCUAAUUGUCCGAGAACCCCAAAAAAAGAGUGAGUGGGAUUGCCAUCCCUUCAAUAGUAAAUCCAUAUAUAAUAUGCUGCAGGAACUCACUUUUCUGUUCCCCAUUCUGGCUCCCCUCUUAUUCCAUUUCUUCUCCACACCUGCUUAUCACCACCCUCUGGUUCCCCUUCUCCAGCCCUUUCUCCUAUGGGCAAUUCACCUAUCAGAUUCCUCCUUCUUCACUCCUUGACCUUUUCCACCUAUCACCUCUCAACUUCUUACUUCAACCCCCUCCCUCACGCACUCACCUUCCCCAUCACUUGAUCUCGCCCAUCACCUGACAACUUGUACUCCUUCCCAACCCCCACCUUUCUAUUCUGGCUUCUUCUCCCCUCCUUUCCAUUCCUGAGGAAGGGUCUCGGCCCGAGCUGUCUACUUUAUUCCCCUCCGUAGAAGCUGCCUGAUCUGCUGAGUUCCUCCGCCAUUGUGUGUGCUGCUCUGGAUUUCCAGCGUCUGUCAUCAAAGCUAAAUUUUUGCGAGGAGCCAGAGAGGUUGGAGCAUUUUGCAGGGAAAAAUCAUUCCCAAUUUUCUUCCCUCUGAUUUCCAUCCCACAACAUUCAGAAUUCUCCAACAUGUGCUGCUCAGAAUAAAAAUCCCUGAUCGAAGACUUGCAGAAUUUAGACAAUAGACAAUAGGUGCAGAAGUAGACCAUUCGGCCCUUCAAGCCUGCACCAUUUUGAGAUCAUGGCUGAUCAUCUAAUGUCAAUACCCGGUUCCUGCCUUGUCCCCAUAUCCCUUGAUUCCCCUAUCCAUAAGAUACCUAUCUAGCUCCUUCUUGAAAGCAUCCAGAGAAUUGGCCUCCACUGCCUUCCGAGGCAGUGCAUUCCACACCUCCACAACUCUCUGGGAGAAGAAGUUUUUCCUUAACUCUGUCCUAAAUGACCUACCCUUUAUUCUCAAACCAUGCCUUCUGGUACUGGACUCUCCCAGCAUCUGGAACAUAUUUCCUUCCUCUAUCUUGUCCAAUCCCUUAAUAAUCUUAUAAGUUGGAAUCAGAUCCCCUCUCAAUCACCUUAAUUCCAGCGUGUACAAGCCCAGUCUCUCUAACCUCUCUGCGUAAGACAGUCCGGACAUCCCAGGAAUUAACCUUGUGAAUUUACCUAGUAGAGUGAAGCAGGAGAUGGUGUCUCAGUAAAGGAAUGGCUUCCAGAAAGAGAACAAGUGUAGAAAUUAGCCGUCCUGUCUUUGGCUCAACAGAGCACUGUUUAGUGCAUGACUAUCCUGCAACGAAGACAAGCCAUUUCUUUCCCUCAAGAGUUUUACAGAAGUCCUGAACCUAGAGGACAGUCCAGCAGAAAGGGGUCUUGACCCAGAAAAUCGACUGUAGUUUUUCCCAUAGAUGCUGUCUGACCUGCUGAGUUCCUCCAGCAUUUUGUGUGCAUUCCCUCUGCACUCUUUCCAGUUUCAUGACAUCUUUCCUCUGCCAGGUGUCCAAAACUCGGCACAAUACACCAAGUGCGGCUUUGUCAAUAUCUACAACCUCUAUGCCCAGUGAUCUGACUGAUGAGGGUCAGUGUGCUAAUCACCUUGUCUUAAUUUUGCUGGGUUCCAGAGUUCACAGAGCACUGCACAGAAUUCCACAGUACAGUAUCAGCUCUUCAGGCCUAUGCCAAGACUUCUGCUCCAUAUAGGCCUCUUCCCCUAAUAGUUCCAUCCUGGAGCUGGAGGACUGUUCAUGUGGGUGGGUGGGAGAGAGGAAAGGGGCUUGCCCUGGUGUUGUUUUGUUGCUUGUUGUGUUCUGCCCUGUUAUUUUCUGUGUACAUUGAGGGCUUGCUAAGUUGGCACUGCAAUGUAUUCCACAGAUUCAACAUUCAAUAAUGUACUCCCCUGAAACUCUCUGGUGUCCUGGGAACUCGUCACAGCUCCUGGUUCCCAUGCCUGAAACUCACAGGGCUCCCUGUCCCGUCCCUGAAACUCUCCGGGAUUCCUUGAAAGUCAUUGGAAAAUCCUGAAACUGAUUGGGGUUCCCUACCCCUUUCUUGAAAUUCACUGGUGGGUGGGGGGUGUCUCUGUUCUUUCCGGAAAUUCACCAUUGGGGGGGGGGGGGGGCAUUGUCCCAUUCCUGAAACUCACUGGGGGUUGUUGCCCUGACCCUGAAACUCACUGGAACUCUAUCCCCUUAAGACUCAGCAAGACUCUUUCUCUUUGAAACUCACCAGGUCUGCCACUCCUGUCCCUGAAACUCAGUUAGGUCCAGUUCUUGUACCUGAAACUCAUUGUUCUCAUCUUAAAACUCAUCUGGACCCCUUUUCCAACUCUCCCUUGAAACUCAACGAAGUCCAGGUUCAUGUAUACCCGUUCAACUUAUCAUUUCGCAGGAAAAUUUACCAUUUUACAGAGUAACAUCUCCUGGGACAUCAAUAACAUUCGAUAGAUACAAUAUCUGCCAGUCCAGCAGUACCAAAGUCCCAAUGGUUGGGGUUUUACUGAUUAGAUUCAUUGAAACUUUCUGGUCCUGGACCAUCUCAUCGUUGUUCUUUGUGUUUAUGAAAACAGGAGCAAACCUCUAUGUCAAGAGCGUGUCUUCUUGUUUAAGCAGAAUCUAGGCUAGUAGAAUAGAAAUGAAAUUGCAUUAACCUUCAUUUCCUAAAUAAUGAGGUGCUUCUCUCACAUUUUCAGUGAUGGUGUUUGGAGCAUGUUUUUCAAAGUGAACAAUGCUUCAUUUCAUCUGCUACCACAGAUACUUAUCACCAAAACUAAACAAUGUUGUCAAGUGUUAACAUGUUGUUAUUUUGUAUUUCACUUAGAUACACCAAUAAACUGGAAA